AUGAAGUCGCAAACUGUUGAUCUGCCUCCUUCAAUGGAGUCACCGCACGGCAUUUCGGAGGAAGAACAUGGAGGCCACCCUCCUUGUUCAUUGGCUGGAGUUGAGGAUGAGAAGAAGGGAGAGCCUGAGCGGCAGGAUGCCUUUGGUGACGAGGAAUUCGCGGAAGUCAAGUACAAAGUAUUGAAGUGGUGGCAAUGCGGUCUACUCAUGGUAGCCGAGACAAUCUCAUUGGGCAUAUUGUCGCUUCCAGCAGCGAUUGCUGGCCUGGGUGUUGCUCCGGGUAUAAUCAUUUUGAUUGGCCUGGGAAUAGUGGCUUCCUACACUGGGUAUAUUCUGGGACAGUUCAAGUUAAGGCAUCCUCACGUUUCAAGCAUCGCCGACGCUGGUGAAGUUGUCCUCGGUCCAUUUGGGAGAGAAUUGUUCUUUACCGGGCAUAUGCUCUACCUCAUAUUCAUCAUGUCCAGUCAUAUUUUGACAUUUACCGUGGCUAUGAACACAAUUACUGAGCAUGGAACUUGUUCUUUGGUCUUUGGGGUCGUUGGAACAGUGAUUUCUUUCUUAUUCGCGCUUCCAAGAACCAUGAAGAAUAUGACAUGGUUCUCUCUCGCAUCUUUUGUCAGCAUAUUGACUGCUGUUAUAUUGACCAUGAUUGUACUUGGCAUUCAAAAUACGUCAGCCACUUUCAACGUGACGAGAACCGCCUCCUUGGCCAAUGCUGUCAUAUCAGUUUGCAACAUAGUUUUUGCAUACGCGAGUCACAACACCUUUUUCAACAUGAUGGCUGAGCUUGAAGACCCGAGAGAGUUUCCAAAAGCAUUGGCGUUGCUACAGGCUGUAAAUAUCUCACUCUACACGAUAAUCGCGCUGGUAGUUUAUCGGUAUGCUGGUGAUAGUGUCGCCUCGCCCGCAUUGGGGUCAACCGGUCCCCUUAUUUCAAAGAUCGCCUAUGGAAUAGCUUUACCCACGAUUGUGAUCGCCGGCGUCAUCUAUGGCCAUGUCGCAGUUAAAACCAUUUAUAUCCGAAUUUUUGCGGGAACAGAGCGCAUGCAUAAGAGAGACUUUAUCGCGGUUGGCGUUUGGGUUGGAAUGGGGCUUGCUGUUUGGAUUAUUGCGUGGAUAAUCGCAUCAGCGAUUCCAGUCUUCAAUAAUCUGCUUGGCCUGAUGAUGCUUCAGAGUGCCUUAUUUGCAAGCUGGUUUAGCUUCGGAGUCCCAGCUAUUCUUUGGCUACAUAUGAACAGCGGAUCCUGGCUAUCAUCACCGCGUAAGAUGGCUUUAACUGGAAUGAACUUUGGUAUUAUCUGUAUCUCUAUGACUCUGUGCGGACUUGGCGUAUACGCCUCAGGAAAAGCUAUUCACGACAGUUCAGCCGGCGGCAGCUUUUCCUGCGCAAAUAACGCGUAG